GUUUCCCGUUAGCUCUUCCAGCUGCAAUAUCCAAGUCUCUUGACAUUACGAAGAUGGAGGCUGUUGUGGAAUAAACCAGGAGUUUCACAGCUCUGUUAUGACAACAUUUCUCUUUGGUCCAGGUGGAGGCAGGUGGUGUGAGUAGAUUGCAGUACACCUAGACAGCAUGUACUCAGAGUGGCGAUCCUUGCAACUGGUGGUGCAAAGUGACCAGGGCCAUCUCAGUGUUCUGCACACCUAUCCCACCAACGUGGGCACUGAGGUGGCAAAUGCUGUGGUCAGGCCCCUGGGCACCGCUGUAAGCCCUGUUGCCACGGAGAACAUCCUCAAAACAGACAAAGAGGUGAAGUGGACCAUGGAGGUGCUGUGUUAUGGCCUCACCCUUCCUCUGGAGGGUGACACUGUCAAGCUAUGUGUGGAUGUGUAUACAGACUGGAUGAUGGCUCUGGUGACACCCAGAGACUCGAUGCCUCAGCCUGUGGUCAGGGAGCCCAAUAUGUACGUCCAGACCAUCCUCAAACAUCUCUACAAUGUCUUUGUACCAAGGCCUGAACAGCAUAGUCUGAAUCACAUCAGGCUUUGCCAACAGGUUCUAACCGCAGUCCAGAAACUGGCUCGAGAGUCUGUUUCCAUGGUGAGAGAAACCUGGGAAGUACUACUACUCUUCUUGCUUCGCAUCAAUGAUACGUUACUGGCCCCACCUACUUCUGGAGUUGGUGUUGCAGAGAAACUAGCAGAGAAACUGAUGGCGGUGCUGUUUGAAGUGUGGCUGCUGGCAUGUGCUCGCUGCUUUCCUACGCCGCCAUACUGGAAGACAGCAAGGGAGAUGCUAGCUAACUGGAGACAUCACCCUCCUGUUGUGGAACAGUGGAGCAGAGUGGCCUGUGCCCUUACCUCCAGACUACUGCGGUUCACCCACGGACCAUCCUUCCCACCUUUUAAAGUUCCUGAUGAGGAUGCAAACCUAAUUCCUUUAGAGAUGGACAACGACUGUGUGGCACAGACGUGGUACCGCUUUCUCCACAUGCUCAGUAACCCAGUGGACCUGAGCAACCCAGCGAUAGUUAGCACUACUCCAAAGUUUCAGGAACAGUUUCUCAACUCCAGUGGCAUCACUCACGAAGUGGUGCUGCAUCCUUGUUUGAAACAACUCCCCCAGAUCUUCUUCAGGGCCAUGAGGGGUGUCAGCUGCUUGGUGGAUGCCUUUUUGGGUGUCUCUGUUGAAAAGAAAGAUGUAUGGGGCAGGGUGUUGUCUGUUUGCCCAGUGCUGCUCUCUCUCUCUGGCAUUUCACGUCCCAGAGCUGACAGUGCCCCGCCCACUCCAGUCAAUCGAAUGAGCAUGUCCCCGCCCCCUUCUGUCAAUAACACCACGCCCCCUCACAGCCGCAAGCAGCGGCAUGCAGUGGUUACCAAAACAACAAGCAAAAGUUCAACUGGCAGCAGUGUCCAGCCAACCAAAGCAUCCCAGCAGCAGCAACCUUCGUCCUCCCCAACCCUACUUUCCAGUCCCAACCAGAGCAGUUGGGAGUCUCGGCCCUUGCCUGCCCCGGCACGACCUAAAGUCAACAGCAUUCUUAACCUUUUUGGUCAGUGGCUUUUUGAUGCCGCCUUGGUCCACUGUAAACUUCACAGUGGCCUCAACCAGGACCCCAGUAUGAGUGCCUCUUUUAUCCAAAUUCUUCUUUCUUAUAAAUCUUCUCUAACUACACAAUUAAAUAUGGAGCUGAGAAGGAAAGGUUCCCAAAUGUCCACAGAAUCCAUGGUGCCCAAUCCAUUGUUUGAUGCCAAUGAGUUCCCAGAGAGCUAUGAGGCAGGGCGAGCUGAGGCCUGCGGGACUCUCUGUCGAAUCUUUUGUAGCAAGAAAACUGGAGAGGACAUUCUGCCUGUCUACCUGUCCAGGUUCUACAUGGUCCUUAUACAGGGGCUCCAAAUCUCAGAUUUCAUCUGUAGACCAGUUCUGGCUUCUAUUAUUCUCAAUUCUUCCUCUCUAUUUUGCACUGAUUUGAAAGGCAUCAAUGUGAUUGUCCCCUACUUUAUAGCUGCCCUGGAAACUAUUGUCCCAGACAGAGAGCUGUCCAAAUUCAAAUUAUAUGUAAAUCCUACCGAUUUGAGAAGAGCCUCCAUCAACAUCCUGCUUGCCAUGCUGCCAUUGCCACACCACUUUGGCAACAUCAAAUCCGAGGUUUUGUUGGAGGGGAAAUUCAAUGAAGAGGAUGGAGGGCCUCAUGACCAGCCUGUUUCUUUCCUGUCCCUGCGGCUGCGUCUUGUCAACGUCCUGAUAGGAGCCCUGCAGACUGAGACUGACCCCACCAACACACAGCUCAUUCUCGGGGCAAUGCUGAAUAUUGUUCAAGACUCAGCAUUGUUGGAGUCAAUAGGUGCACAGACUGAAACAGGAAGUAUAGAUGGAAGCCACUUGGCAUUGAGGAGCCAGAGUCAUAGCCGCACCAACAGUGGUGUAAGUUACAACAGUGGGUGCAGCGCUGAAGCCACCAGCCCGGACUGUGAGCGGCCUGUCCAGGCUCUGCUUCGAGACUAUGAUACGGCGGCAGGUCUGCUGGUGCGCAGCAUACACCUGGUCACUCAGAGGCUCAACUCUCAGUGGAGGCAAGACAUGAGCAUUUCACUGGCUGCUCUGGAGCUGCUGGCUGGGCUUGCCAAGGUAAAGGUGGGCGUGGACUCUGCAGACCGUAAGCGUGCAGUCAGCUCUAUAUGCGGGUACAUUGUAUUCCAGUGUAGCCGUCCAGCUCCUCUUCAGUCCAGAGAUCUUCACUCCAUGAUUGUCGCUGCAUUCCAGUUCCUGUGUGUGUGGCUCACAGAACACCCUGAUAUGUUGGAUGAGAAGGAUUGUUUGGUUGAAGUGCUUGAAAUUGUGGAGUUGGGAAUUUCUGGCAGCAAGUCCCGACAGGAACUCGAGGUGCGGCAUAAAGGAGAGAAGGAACACAAUCCUGCUUCAAUGAGGGUGAAGGAUGCUGCUGAGGCAACUUUGUCAUGUAUCAUGCAGGUGUUGGGGGCCUUUCCGUCUCCCAGUGGACCUGCUUCCACCUGCAGCCUAUUAAAUGAAGACACCCUGAUUCGAUAUGCCAGACUCAGUGCCACAGGAGCCAGCAACUUCCGCUACUUCGUCUUGGAUAACUCUGUCAUCCUGGCCAUGCUGGAACAGCCUCUUGGAAAUGAGCAGAACCCGAGUCCGUCCGUAACUAUCUUGAUCAGAGGGACGGCUGGCAGGCAUGCCUGGACCAUGCAGCUCUUCCACCAACCCAGAGGAGCUCGGGCUAAUCAGAGGCAGGUGUUUGUUCCUGAGGGCCGUCCAGUGCCAAACAGUGAUGUGGGGAUCAAGUAUAAUGUCAAACAGAGACCCUUCCCUGAGGAGGUGGAUAAGAUCCCGCUGGUCAAGGCUGAUGUUAGUAUUCCUGACCUGGACGACAUUGUGAGUAAGGAGCUGGAAGUCCAGCAUGGUAAGCUUCGCAAUCUGAUGACAAAGCAGAUAGAGUAUGAGAACACUUUGGAACGACACAGUGAAGAUCUUUGGAAGUCCAAGCCAUUUCCUGACCCACUUAUUGACUGCAAACCCCCUCCACCAUCUCAAGAGUUCCAAACAGCUCGUCUCUUCCUCUCCCACUUUGGUUUUCUGUCUCUGGAGGCACUGAAGGAACCCAACAACAGUCGUCUACCUCCUCAUCUGAUUGGCUUGGAGUCGUCAUUGCCUGGGUUUUUUGAUGACAUCAGCUACCUGGACCUGCUUCCCUGUAGACCGUUUGACACUGUCUUUGUUUUCUAUGUGAGGGCUGGGCAAAAAAGCAGCCACGAGAUACUGAAGAAUGUGGAAUCUUCGAGUAGUGUCCAGCCCCACUUCUUGGAGUUCCUGCUGUCCUUGGGCUGGCCUGUGGACGUGGGACACCACCCUGGCUGGACAGGACAUCUGGAUACAAGCUGGUCCCUCAACUCAUGUUCUGACAACAGUGAUGCACAACAAAUGGAUGAAGCAGCCACUCCUGAAGACACAGGAGGUUCAGUUUUCAACGGGGAGAAGAAAGUUUUGUACUACGCGGACGCUCUGACGGAGAUUGCCUUUGUUGUUCCAUCUUUAAUAGAAAAUUCAGAGGAGUCAUCAGUGCACAGCGACUCUACGGUGGAAGCUGACACUAACACGGACCUCAUGCCUAACUUACUGAAACAACCUAAUCUCACACUGGAGCUUUUCCCCAACCAUUCUGACAACCUGGAAUCUGCCAAAAAGCUGAUUCCUCUGGUGAAGAACAAGAGGUCAUCGACAGGAAAGUCUUUUCCACUGCUUGGUCCCGAGACAAAGGUGUUUGUGAUCUGGGUGGAACGCUUUGAUGAUAUUGAGAAUUUCCCGUUGUCUGAUCUUUUGGCGGAAACGAGCACAGGUUUGGAAGCUAGCCUGAGCAACAGCACUUCCUGCAGGUCAGGGUUACUCGAGAAGGAUAUUCCACUGAUAUUCAUUCACCCUCUGAAGACUGGACUGUUCAGGAUUCGCCUGCAUGGCGCUGUGGGUAAAUUCGGCAUGGUGAUUCCCCUGGUUGAUGGCAUGGUGGUCAGCCGCAGGGCACUAGGGUUUCUUGUGCGUCAGACGGUCAUCAACGUGUGUCGGCGGAAGCGUCUGGAAUGCGAUUUGUACAACCCGCCUCACGUAAGGCGGAAGCAGAAAAUAACUGACAUUGUGCAGCGUUACCGCAACAAGCAGCCGGAACCCGAGUUCUACACUUCGCUCUUCCACGAGGUGGGGGAGGGGAAGCCUCAUCUCUAACCCCGCUGACCUGUCCUAACACUGGCUCACAAGCGCACACGACAACACACUCAUGCACCAUAUACAGCUGUGCUUGCAGAGACACACACACACACACUCUCACAGAAUCUUUAUAUUUAUACUGUAUUAUUUUGUUAUUUAUAUGAAUACAUAUAUCAACACUGUUUGCCUUUGACUCUGAGAGCAAAGUGUCAAAAAUCCACACGAGGUGGG